GGUGUCAGAGCCUCGAAUAGGCGCUGCAGCCUCUCAUUGGUCGUGGCUGCAGCAGGGGGCGGGGACAGGCACACGUGCUUUUAAAGUCGGUCUAUGACAAAUAUCUUGCUCAGUGCUGCUGGAGAUGGUUAUGGCAAAAUGUACAGCUCCCGACGGGAAAAUAAGAGGAAACAAUAAAGCAGCAGUGAAAAUAAAGGAACGAGGUGCACAAUGGGACUAAUUACAAGAAGGAAACUGCAGAUUUGCGCUGCAAGGACCAACAGCCCACUUCACUGAUGAGGUCCAAAUCAGCCAACAGAGAGCAGUGACCUGCCCUCACCAAAGUGCACGGCACUCCUGCAGAAACACAGGUUCCUCCCCAGUUCCCCCGCAGGAUCUCAUCCUGUUGUCCACAUUUUCUGCUCCAGUUUGUCCCCGGGAUCAUUUCAAAACUGUUUCUCCACCGCUUCUACCAAAAACUCAGACUGUUGUCCAAAGCAGAAUCGGCCCAGCCCUCCCAGGCAGAAGUAAUGGGGAGUGUGCGAAGCCACCGCUACAGCAUUGUGUCCUCUGAGGAAGACGGCAUGAAGCUGGCCACCAUCGCUGUCCCGAACGGCUACGGAAAUGGCAAGGUCAACAAGGUGCACACAGAGCAACAUCGUCAGAGCCGCUUCGUGAGGAAAGACGGCCACUGCAAUGUGCAGUUUAUCAAUAUGAGUGAAAAGGGCCAGCGGUACCUGGCAGAUAUCUUCACCACCUGUGUGGACAUUCGCUGGCGCUGGAUGCUGCUGGUAUUCUGCCUUUCUUUCCUGGUAUCGUGGUUGUUUUUUGGCUUCGUCUUCUGGUUGGUAGCCCUCUCUUACGGGGACUUAGAGAGUACGACUCAGAAGUGCGUCUCCAACGUGGACAGCUUCACCGCUGCGUUCUUGUUCUCAGUGGAGACCCAAACGACAAUCGGCUACGGUUAUCGCUAUGUGACAGAGGAGUGCCCCGUCGCUGUCUUCAUUGUCGUCUUCCAAAGCAUUUUGGGCUGCAUCAUUGAUGCUUUCAUCAUUGGUGCUGUCAUGGCCAAGAUGGCCAAGCCCAAAAAGAGGAAUGAGACCCUGGUGUUCAGCCACUUCGCCACAGUGGCCAUGAGGGACGGCAAACUGUGCCUGAUGUGGCGCGUGGGAAACCUGCGAAAGAGUCACUUGGUGGAGGCCCACGUCAGGGCUCAGCUCCUCAGGUCCCGUACCACUGCAGAGGGAGAGUUCAUCCCUCUGGAUCAGGUGGACAUCGACGUGGGCUUCGACAGUGGCAUUGACAGAAUAUUCCUGGUGUCUCCAAUCACGAUUGUGCAUGAGAUCGACGAGGACAGCCCCUUCCAUGAGAUGAGCAAACAGGAUUUGGAGACAUCAGAGUUUGAGAUAGUAGUGAUUCUGGAAGGCAUGGUGGAGGCCACGGCCAUGACCACCCAGUGUCGGAGCUCAUAUGUGGCAGGCGAGAUUUUGUGGGGCUACCGCUUCGAGCCGGUGCUCUUUGAAGAAAAGAACUACUACAGAGUGGACUACUCUCGCUUCGACAACACCUACGAGGUGCCCAGCACGCCCGCCUGCAGUGCCAGGGAACUCGCUGAGAAAAAGUCCGACACCUCCAGCUUGAGGAACUCCUUUUGCUACGAGAACGAGGUGGCUCUUGAAAAGGUCGAGAUGGAGGAAGAGUUUGAGGAAGACGUGAACAGGCCGAAGAGUGCCGAGGAGGUCGACGCACCCGAGUACACAAACACAGACGAGGUGUCAGACUCUGAAUGCAAUCUGGACACUGUACCGUUAGAAUCUAGACCUCUGACGGCGGAAUCAGAAAUAUGAAUGCAGGGAAAGGAGGUUCAAACAGUACCACAGGGCGUGUUGAGCUCUGAUUGCUGUCAGUAAAGCGCGAAGACUGAGAUUUGCGCUCCAAAUGCUCUAUGCACAAAGUCACGCUCAAGUCACAGAGGAAAUACAAUCAUUAUACCGUAUAUGGUCAAAGUGUUUGGUGUUAAAUUACCUUGUUACGCAAACCUACAAAUGGGUUAGAUACCGUCACUUAUUAAGCUAAAUCAUGAGGUAGGAUAGUAAUUGGAUUGACCACAUUAGUUAAUUUAUUCAAGUGCAUAUUUCCACUUUACACAUUUUGCAUUGAUCAUCCUGUACGGAAAAUGUGUGUGUGUGUGUGUGUGUGUGUUUAUAUCUUUGUGAGGACAUUUUGACCAGGCCUGACCAUUUUAAGGGCUUAAGACUCUGCUUUCAGAGUUAGAGUUAGGCCCUUAGUUGUUAUAGCUAAGGUAAGGGUAAGGGGGUUAGGGAAUGCAUUAUGUCUAUGAUGUGUCCUCACUAACAUAUAAAAACAAGUUUGUGUGUGAGUGAGUGAGUGUGGCCUGAAUGUCACGCACGGUUUAUCUCUAAAAUAAUCUUUCAUUUCAAUGACGAACAUAAUUCAAACUAGACAUUUAUUUAAUCCUGUUUCAAAGUGACUGACUGACGUAAACGUUCAACCACGUGGAUAAAUAAGGCUACCGUUUGUGAAUGAGCUGGUCUCGGAGCAAAGUGUAGGUCCGAUGUUAUUUCAGCGCGACGGUCUCGGUGUGAGAGCGAGAGCACAAAUACACAACACAUCUUCUGUCUUCUUUUUCUGAGUAUAGCGUCUUUUGCUGUCUCUUUGACUGAGCACACGCUGCAUUAGAUUCCACAAAGAGAAAAAGAGAGUUUACGGACACUUCUCACAAGUCUUCGUCGUGUUUUUUUUUAACGUGCAAUACAGUCGGUGGCAGAAUGUGACAGGAAGCUCUGGCCUGAGCCGAGGUGAUGAAUGUUUUUGAUAAGUGCUGCUAAGUUACAUAUUUGUAUGUUUAGAGAGAAAUCUAGGAGCCAAAAUGUAUUAUUUGUCUCUUAAAGUAUCCACUUUGAAGAUUGCAGAAGCAGCCUAUACUGUUAUUU